AUGCUUGAAAGAGCCAAGUUGAAACAACGAAUAAGAACUUGUCCCAUGAAUUGUGAAUCUGCUAAGGUUGAUGUUGGAGCUGUUGAUGAAAUAAUAUUAAUUUCUGAUACAGAUGUAGUUAAUGGUAUAGUAAUCUCUGAUGUCGGAGAGGUGAUAGAAGAUUCCGUCACUGGUAUCGAGGUAUCAGAAUCCGAAGUUAAUGAGAUGAUCGUAAUAGCAUCUGUUGGGAAAGACAAUGAUGUGAACUUGGAGGAGCGUGACAGGGUUAAAUCUCGUACAAUUGAUUUUCUUAAAGUCGAUGGUGUGUCGCUUGCGGGCAGAAUGGUACUUGACAUGACGAAACAAGAAAGGGACUAA